AUGGAUUCAAAUAAUGUAAAUAAUGAAUCAAAUAAUAUUGGAGAUUUAAAAAAUGAUAAUUUAUCUGAGAAUAAAAAUAUUUCUAAAGUAAUGAGUUUAGAUAAAGAGGAAAAAAAUGGUAAUUCAAGUGAUAUGAUGUCUAAUUCUAAUGAAUUUAAUAAAGAAAAACAAAUUACAUCUUUAGAUAAUAUCAAAGAUAGUAAGAAAAAACCUUUAUCAAGUAACAUUUCGUCACUUGAUGAAAAAUUAGAUAAUGUUUUGAAUUUAAAAAAUAAUUCAAUUUCUACAGAAAUAGAAAAAAUAAAUGAAAAUGAUAGUGCAUCAUAUAAUGAAAGUUGUUGUGAUAUACAUUCAGAAUCUAUGUCAGAACUUAAUUUAGAUGAAUGUAUUGAUGAAAUGAAUGAUGAACCAUUAUGCAAUUUUGUACCAACACCUCCUGAUGGUGGAUAUGGUUGGGUUAUAUGUAUUGUUGCAUUUAUUAGUAAUUUAAUUGUUGAUGGAAUAUCAAGUAGUUUUGGUACAUUAGUUGAAACAUUUCAAAAAGCAUUUGGUUCAUCUAAAGCUAUGACAACAUUAAUUGGAUCUCUUUUAGUGGGUUCAUAUCUUUUAGUUGGACCAAUUGUAGGUGGUUUAGUUAAUAAAUAUGGAGCUCGAACUGUUGUAAUAUGUGGAUCAUUAAUUUCUGCUUUUGGAUUUUUUAUCUCAACAUUUACUACAAAUAUUUAUGUUUUUUUGUUAACAUUUAGUUUAAUUGGAGGUAUUGGUUUUGGUCAUAUUUAUUUACCAUCAAUUGUUAUGGUUGGUUAUUAUUUUGAAAGUAAACGUGCAAUGGCAACUGGUAUUGCUGUAGCUGGAUCUGGUGUUGGAUGUAUAAUAAUGCCACCAAUUUUAACAAUGUUAAUCAAAGAAUUUGGUUGGAUUGGAACUAUAUAUGGAAUAUCAGGAAUGGUUUUAAUUUGUAUCAUAUGUGGUAUGUUAUAUAAAGAAUUAUACACAGAAAUUGAUAAUAAAUGUGGUAAUAUUGAAAAAGGAAAUAAACGAAUAAAAACUUUAUUAAAUAAAUUUUGUGGAUGUAAUUUUAAUGAUAAAAAAGAACAUAUAAAUGAAGUUAAUAUGACAUCAAGCUAUACAGUAGAUCCAAAUAAUCCUGGAAAAUUUAGAUUAUCUACAAAUAUAAUGUCAAAUUCAUCAAAUACAAAUAAUGAUUAUGAUGUACCACCAGGUGUAGAUCCUGAAUUGUAUGCACGAUUACAUUCAGCUAUUGAUGAUGAUGAUGAUAAUAAUGAUUCAGAAGAAGAAAAUCAUGAAAAUAUUCCAUUAAAACAAUCAUUAACACCUAUAAUAGAAGCAAAAGUUCAAAAUAAAUUUUCUUCGACAAAUGCAUCACAAAAUAAUCCUACUUGUAGAGGUCGCAAACAUACAAUUACUAGUAUAGGAUCUGAAAUAACGGGAAUUGGUGAUAAUUUAAAUAUAUCAAAAAUGUCAAAUUCAAUAUAUAAAGUAUCAGCAAGAAGUUUAUAUCAAUCAUUUGGAAGAUUAUCACAAGCAACAAAUAAUGUUUCUAUAGGUAAUUCUAUAGGUAGUAUAGCAUUAAGUAUUGCUGAUGCUAAAGAAAUAAAAAGACCAUUAAAUAGAAAAGAUAUUUUUUACACUGGUUCAAUACAAAAUUUAAAAGAAUUUGAUGAUGAAGGUAGAGAUUUUAAAAAUUAUCGUGAAUCACAAAUUCAUAUACCAGCAUCAUCUAUAGCAGCAUCUUUAAAUCAUCUUACAAUGGAUGAAAACAAUAGUGGUAUGGAUAGUCGAUUUGGAAGUCGAUUUAGUAAAAAUACAUAUGGAUUAGGUGGUGAAGAAAUAGAUCAAACAUCAUUUACAGAUAAUUCAAAAUUUAAAAUAAUACCUUUAUCUAUUCGCAAUGCUUUUAAUGAGAUGAUAGAUAUUCAAUUAUUAACAAAUUCAACAAUGCUUUUAUUAUUUAUUUCUAAUAUGCUUGCAAUGCUUGGAUUUUAUGUACCAUUUGUUUAUCUUAUUAAUCUUGCUGAGUUACGUGGUAGCUCAAAAGAAACAAGUAGUUUGUUUUUAUCAAUAAUGGGAAUUUCAAAUACAUUAGGAAGAGUUAUUACUGGAUGGAUUGCUGAUAAACCAUGGUGUGUUGCAUUAACAUUUAAUAAUGCAUCUUUAGUAAUUGGUGGAAUAUUAUUAUUUUUAAUGCCAUUAACUACAGGAUUUUAUGGUUUAAUGACAAUAACUAUAUUAUAUGGUUUUGUUGUAUCAGUAUAUGUAUGUUUAACAUCAAUUGUCUUAACAGAUUUGAUUGGUUUGGAAAAAUUAACAAAUUCAUUUGGUUUAAUUGUUGUAGCAAGAGGGAUUGCAAGUUUAAUGGGAACACCAUUUGCAGGAAUUUUUUACGAUUUAACUCAAACAUAUGAUUCAACAUUUUAUAUGGGUGGAACAUUUAUAAUAGGAUCAGGUUUAGUUAGUUGUAUUAUUCCAUUUGUCAAAAAAGUUCCUCACAAAGAAAAUAUUAUAAUUGAUAAUAAAAAUGAAGUUAAAGAAGAUGAUGAUGGACAGUCAGGUAAAUUGUCUGUUCUUACAGAAAGAUCAGAAGAAAAUUUUUCUGAAUACCAAAGAACAAUUCAAUCAUUACAUCAACAACAACAAUUAAUUGCUGAGGUUAGAAAACUUGAAAAAAACAAAAUUGAUGAAACUAAUAAUGAAGAAGAAUAA